UUACCGAAAAAUUUCUAGGAACGAGAAAUGAGGAACGAUCAUUCUGAACACGAAAUCUGAAAACGAUUCAAGAGGAGGUUUCGAAAGACGCUUCGUUUCCUUGUAACGUUACAGGUGGUAGGUCCUCUGAAAUCCCGGUCAGUUCAUCGUUUGAGGCCAGGUGAUAUAGAUGUUAUUGCCGCGAUGGGCGAUUCUUUGACAGCCAGUGCUGGACUUUAUGCGACUAAUUUGUUGGAAAUGUUCGUUGAAAAUAGGGGCGCGUCAGCAUUCAUUGGUGGCCAGAGAACUUUGCGGGCACACUUGACGCUGCCUAACAUUCUUAAAGUUCGUUUAUUUCUCGCAGAUUCGUCACACGAAUUCAACCCGAAAUUAAUAGGCUACGCGUAUGGAGAUUUUUCAACUACUCAAUCACCUUCGCAGUUGGACGUCGCUGAAAUUUGCGCAAUGUCCGGAGAUAUGCCGUUUAUGGUCAAAUAUUAUUCGCGUUAUAAUGUUAGUGAUAUUUGA